AUGCCGGCGCGGAGCAAGCGCUGCGAGCGCUCGGCGCGUGUGGAUGCGCCCUUCUUUGACGCGGAGUGCCGCCAGCUAAAGCGUGAUUUGCGCGCCCGCGCUCGGCGCGGGGGCGACCCCACCGAGCUUCGUGCCCUUGAGCGUCUCUACCACAACACAAAAUUGCAAAAUGGCCGUGCCACUGGGGUGCAUGGCUUGCCGGCCGAGCUGUUCCGGUAUGCAAAGAAUGAGAAGGAGCCCGGCAUGCCUCCCCCCGAGAACAUUCUGGGGCCUGCGCUCGUUGCUGUGUUGAACUCUGCUUUUGUGGCUGGGCAAGCGGGGCAUGAGUCUGCCCUCUGA